AAACCAAACAACACCUACUAUGUAUCCGUCUUCCUCCUCUGCUUCUCUGUCUGUCUGUGUGUUCAUAUAUAUGUGCAUGUGUGGGUUGAACAGAGAAGUACGGUAUUCACUUUUCUCUUGGGAGGUCUCCAAUAUAUAUAUAUAUAUUUUUUCUGUGGAAAAAUUUUAACUUCUGGAUCCCUUCAUUAUCUCCAGUUUCAAUCUAGAAGGCAUAUUCUUCUAUUAUUAAUUUAUUAUCAUCAUUAUUCCUUAAAUGGUCAAUAGCAUUGAUUUUGGUUCUCUUUUCCUUGCUUCUCCACCAAGUUCUGCAGUUUCAUUGGUCAAAAUUUCCCUCAAAAUAAAUUUUCCAUUCUCCAGUUCCUAAUCUGCAAUUGCUAUUAGUUUUUCAUUUUGUAAGUUAUUUAUUUUCAGUAGUCCAAACCCAUAAUCAUUUCUGAUUAAAUUUGGCCGUACUCAGUUGUCCUGAGAUUCUGAUCCCCUUCUUAAUACUGGGUUUCACUUGGGUAGUAUCUACAGUAAAUGAUCUUUCCAUCAGAGGGAACUUUUCUGGUGUACAAAAACAGAGUUUCUUGGCGCACAGAAACAGAUUUGGGGUGUUAAGUUUUGACAGGAAAAAAGAAAGGCAUGGAUAGUUCACAGGGUAGUAGUUCCAAUGCACCAGCGCCUUUUCUGAUCAAAACAUAUGAGAUGAUAGAUGAUCCGUUGACCAACUCAGUGGUGUCAUGGAGUCAGAGUGGCUGCAGUUUUGUUGUGUGGAAUCCACCUGAAUUCGCUCAAGAUUUGCUUCCCAAGUACUUCAAGCACAAUAAUUUCUCAAGUUUUGUCAGGCAGCUUAAUACUUAUGGAUUCAGGAAGAUUGAUCCUGAUCAAUGGGAGUUUGCUAAUGAAGAAUUUAUAAGAGGACAGAGACAUCUUCUAAGUAAUAUUCGCCGGCGAAAGCCGAUCCAUAGCCAUUCAAUGCAGAACCAAGUUAAUAACUCCCCAAUGACAGAAACAGAGAAAAGGGAAUAUGAAGAGAAAAUUAAUCGACUAAAGCACGAGAAGAGCUUGCUUCAGCUGGAGCUACAGAGACAUGAAUCCGAGAAGCAGGCCUUUGGGUGUCAAAUUAUGUCAUUAGGUGAGAGAUUGCAGGGUUUGGAGCGUAGGCAGAUUCAGUUAGUUUCUUUCUUGGCUCAAAUUGCAAAGAAACCUGGAUUUGCCUCCAUUUUCAUGCAGCAAUCAGAAUACCAUAGCAAAAAGAGGAGAUUAAUUGAACAUGAUCCUUUCAAUGUCGAUCACGACAUGGAAGAGAAGGAGAGUUUGCAUUUUUUGAAAGACUCAAAGUCGAAUGUGGAGAAGUUGGAUUCAUCCAUAAAAUGUAUUGAAGAUUUCUUUUAUGGAGCAGGGGAAGCUUUUACGCAAGAUAUGCAGGAUUUCGCCCUAGCCUCGCAGCCUUCACCAAUUAUUUUUAGAGAGCCAAAUGCAUCUUCCAUAGAUGGAGAAACUUACUCCCCUAGAUCAUAUCAAUCUUCACUGCAUUCUAUGGAUCUUCCGUCAUCUCCUGAGCUACCUAUAUGUAUCGAUCACAUCAAUAGCCCGAAAACUCCACCUCAAUCUCCACAGUUUGAUGUAAACUGCAAGCCUACCGGCAGUGCUCCUGUGGUUGAAGCCGUAAAAGAAUCAGAAUCAGAAUUGGAGACAACAAAUUCGUCUACUCCCACGGGAGGAGCAAAUGAUCAUUUCUGGGAAUAUUUCCUUACAGAAGCUCCUGGUUCUACUAGCACACAAGAACUCGAUCCUGGAUUCCAUCGAAGAACAAGUGAUGAGAGACGUUGGUGGAAUGCAAACACCAUAAAUGAUCUUACAAAACAUAUGGAGCACCUUGCCCCAACUGAAAGAACUUGAUCUUUGUUGUUCUUGGUUGAUUCUUGCAAAAUUGCUGCUAGCCUUUCCUAACUUGGUGUAAAAUUAGGUUAUAGAAGACGUGGAAUUGUUAUAGUCAUUGUAGAUUGCAACUAUGCUAGACGUUCUUCCUUUUUUUUCUUAUCAAAUUUUGGGAGUGAGUGCCUAUUAGUUUGA